AUGAGCUCCGUUGCCAUGCCGCGCAUUCGCCGUACGGCACAGAAUACCCAAUUCACCUUGCCGCACCGUAUCAACGAUGUCCAGACCUACCCAGUCCAGUCUCCUCAGGGCGCUACCAUUCUGAUCUAUGGUCACGAGAAUGGUGUCAGUUUGCUAUGGCGAGGCGGCCGGCGGCUGAAACCGCUCAAGAAGGACCCCCCCAAGGAGAAGGCAAACGGAGCAUCCGAAGAUGCGGUCAUGAUCAUCGAUUCCGACGACGACGAGCCGCCUGCGAAGUUGCAGUCGACACCGAAGUUCGAGGACAGACCGCAUUUCGAAGACGUUGCGGAGGAGACGCCGUACCCGGAAGUAAUCCAGACGCUUGACUUGACCUUGGGAACGGCCGUCUUGAACGUGGCCGUGAUGCCCAUGACGCCAUGCACCGCGCGGGAGGCGGCCGCAUCAGUCGCACCCAUUCUCGGCGAUAAGAUAGUCUUUGCCGUGUCAUGCGUCACGAGCGAUGUUUUCGUCAUCACACUGCCGCUGACACCGCCCUCUCCCGAAAGCAAGUUGCGACCGGAGCUGAGGGCUGACCUUUUAGCCGGGAGGGCCGGGUCCGGCGCUUGGGGCGAAUCACUUGUCCUCCUUGGCGGACAGACGAAACACAGUGAAGGAUUGGCGAUGAACCUGAUCAAGCCAAAGUCUUCCGAGCGGCAAGUCAAAUCCGCAAGAGCCGUCGUUGCUGCGUGCUCAAGACAAGCAUCCGGGGCACUGCUCCUAUGGGACGUUCCCCUGGAUCCGAAGGACAAACCCGACCGAGCGCUGGAGCCCUUUCAAACAGAGUUCUUGCCAAACCCACUUAUAAGCAUCUCCUUCAACCCGACACACACCACUCAGCUGUUGGCCGUCUCCUCACACCAAGCGACGAGAGUGUACGACUUCGCCACCUCGCCUCUGCCUGCCGAUCCCGAUGCCACGGGGCCGUUUCCGUCGCAGGGGUCAUGGCUCGUGUCAUUGUACCAACCGUUCGCUAGACCGUCGACAUCGAGGAAGCCGAUAUUGGAUGCCGUCUGGAUAGCACAUGGCCGUGCAAUAUUUGUGCUCCUGGCUGAUGGAAUGUGGGGCAUCUGGGACGUGGACGGCGCGAGCCCUUCCGCAUCUGUGGCAGCCAUGUCGAGCAAACUCAAGCCGGGCGUCCGGGGUGCUGCCCUCACCUCAUUCAGCGUGUCCGGUUACGUGGAGGGAACGAGCACGCUGCGUAGCGUCGCCACCCAACGAAAGGAGAGCCAGACGGGUGAAUUCGCGCCCAUGACGCCCCACGCCCGCCGCCAGGCGACGGCAUCCCUCAGCACCACGGCCACGGCCGAUCGCCUCUCAACCGUUCGUGGUGGUGCCCGGAUCACCGCUCUACCGUCCAACGGAAGGAUGCUACGAGACGAAAGCCUGGUGCUGUGGGUUGGUGGGCAAGAGCACGUUUGCAUCAUCCCCGCCGUUUCCCGGUUCUGGGACUCGCAGCUCCGGAAAGGAGCCGGCGGUGGUGUCAAUCUGUUUAGCGGUGCACAGCCUACGAAGAUGGUCAAGCUUCUGGAUCUGUCGACCGGAUUGCUCGGCGAACGAUGCUGCGGCGUGAGCCUCGUUGUGAGUUCCUUCAGCAGCGAUGAGCACCUCGAUCAGGACGGCGGACUUCCGGUAGAGGUCUUGAUACGGGGCGAAUCCCGCAUGGUGGUGCUCCGACAAGGGGAAGAUGGCCCUGGAAAGAAGAUUGGCACCGUUGUCGACAACCGACGGAAGCGGCUGUUUUCCAAGGUCGAAAGAUCCGACGCCAUCAUCGUUCAUGGGAACGGCGGCAAAACAGCGGGCAGCGUGCCGUACAAUCUCAGCACGUCGAAGCCCGGCACGCUGAGGCUGAGGCCCUUCUCGAACGGUCAGGAAGACCUAAGGGGGGGUUUGAAUGGGAGAGAAGAUCCCUCACAGCCGCCGUCGCAUCCGAGCCUCGGACUCGAGUUCAUGAACACACUCAACACGGCAGCCGAUAGUAGUGCCGACUUGUCGCGGGAUUUGGAAGUCGAGAUGCUAGACAUCAUGGGCAUUGACCAGGCGCUUGAGAGCAUGGAGGGCAGCAGGGGCAGUGGAAGGAAGAAGGUAUUUUUCGAACAAGACUGA